AUGUCCUACACAAACAAAACAGCCCUCAUCAUCGGCGGUAGCCACGGCAUCGGCCUCUCAACCGCCCAGCUCGGGCCCGCCACCAAAGUCAUCCCCUGCGACAUCACCUCCUUACCGUCCAUCAGCACCCUCGUCGAUACAGCCUCGUCCUUCUUCGGAACAGGCCGCACAAUCGACCUCCUCUUCAUCAACGCCGGGUACGCCGCCUCCAAGGCGGCGUUGCACUCGUUUGUGCAGACGCUGGCGGCGGAGUUGGUGGGUGCGCAGGUGCGUGUGAAUGCUGUGUCGCCUGGGUUCGUGAAGACGCCGACGAUGGGGGUGGUGGGGGCGUCGAGGGAGGAGUUGGUGGAGUUUGAGGGGCAGGGGGUGAAGGGUACGCCGAUGGGGAGGAUUGCGGACCCGGCGGAGGUGGCCAAGGCAGUGGUGUUUUUGGGGUUCGAGGCGACGUUCACCACGGGGGAGCAGGUUGUUGUUGAUGGGGGGUUGGCUACGUUGCGAUUGCAUUAA